AUGAUUACCUCUACGAAAAUAUUAUGCAGUGGAUAUUGUACUCACAGCAAUCAUAUCACUGAUUCAUCCAUUUCGUAUUGGAAUAGUGAGAUUAUUAAAUUUCCUUCAUUAUUUGUGUUGAUACAACACUCAAAAUUCGGAAAUAUAUUGUUUGAUACGGGAUAUAGUAGUAGAUUUCAUAUGGAAACAGAAUUAAUGCCAUAUCUAUUGUAUGGAAAAUUAACUCCAGUUUUUUUGAAAGAGGACGAAUCAGCAAAGGAAAUAUUGAAAGUACAAUUUGGAAUUCUUCCAGAACAAGUGAAUUACAUUAUUAUUUCUCAUUUUCAUGCGGAUCAUAUAAGCGGAUUACGUGAUUUUCCAAAUGCUAAAUUUGUAUUUUCGAAAGAAGGUUUUAAAUAUUUGAAAGAACGAAAACAAUCUUGUUGUUGUAGAGAUCUCAGAUGCUGUAUUAAUGGAUUUAUUCCAAAUUUAUUGCCAGAAGAUUUUGAAAAGAGAUCCAUACAAGUGAGUGAAACACAAUUUUCGCAUCAUGAGAACAUUAUUCCUUGUUUCAAGACUUUUGACCUCUUUGGUGAUGGAUCACUAUUUAUUGUUGAUCUUCCUGGACACUGUAAAGGACAUUUAGGAUGCUAUUUUACAGUUUCUACAGAAGGAUUUAACAACAAAGAAAAUUACAAACAUGAAUCCGUUAAGGGAACAUUUUUGCUUGUCGGGGAUGCAGCAUGGUCAAGCAAUGCCAUUAUAAAUGCAUCACCUCCUCAUCUUGUUACCAAAUUCCUUGUUCAGUAUGAUUGGAAUGCAUAUUGUCAUACGUUGCAAACACUUCACAAGUUGUGGAAAGAAGAGAAGAAUUUAAAAAUCAUUCCAUCUCAUUGCUGGAAUGUUUAUGAAGAGUACUGUGGUGGUAAUAUUUACAAAGUAUCCAAACUUUAA